AUGACGGACGUCGAUCCGCAACCAUACUUGCCAGAGUAUGCGUCCUACAACUGGACGGGCGCUCCAUCGAAUAGUUCUCUGCAGACCAACGGCAUUGGCGGCGACUCGAGGAUAGAAAAUCUGAACAAAUGGUACCAAUCCGGCGAUCAAGCCUACAUCAUCGUGGCCUCGGCCAUGGUGUUGGUCAUGGUGCCUGGUCUUGGCUUCCUCUAUUCUGGUCUGGCACGAAGAAAGUCCGCUCUGUCCAUGAUCUGGGCUUGUAUGGCUUCAUCCUCUGUCGUCACUUUUCAAUGGUACUUCUGGGGUUAUUCUUUGGCAUUUUCGCCGACAGCAACGAACGGAUACAUCGGUAACCUACGCCACUUUGGUUUGAUGAAUACUCUUGGCAACCCAAGUCCCGGGUCGCCUCUGAUUCCUGACCUUUUAUAUUCCUUCUACCAGAUGCAAUUCUGUGCUGUUACCGCAGCUAUCGUCAUGGGUGCCGUGGCAGAACGUGGGCGCAUGAUUCCGGCCAUGGUAUUCGUCUUCCUAUGGGCCACUCUCGUCUACUGUCCGGUCGCAUGCUGGGCCUGGAAUGUCAACGGGUGGGGUUACCUGUAUGGUGUUCUCGAUUAUGCCGGUGGUGGGCCUGUCGAGAUCGUGUCGGGAAUGUCUGCACUCGCAUACUCCAUGGUCUUGGGCCGACGACAGGAGCGCAUGAUGCUGAACUUUCGUCCUCACAACGUAUCGCUCAUCCUUCUCGGUACCGUUUUCCUAUGGUUUGGCUGGCUGGGAUUCAACGGCGGAUCAUCCUUUGGUGCCAAUCUACGAGCUGUCAUGGCUUGCUGGAAUACGAAUCUGACGGCCAUGUUUGCGGCCAUGACCUGGGUUUUGCUGGACUGGAGAUUGGCCAGAAAGUGGUCGAUGGUGGGCUGGUGUUCCGGUACUAUCUCCGGUCUCGUUGCAGCAACGCCAGCGUCUGGUUACCUUACGCCCUGGGGAAGUAUUAUUCUCGGCAUCCUUACUGGUGGUGUCUGCAAUUGGGCUACCAAGAUCAAAUACUGGGUCAAGAUCGAUGACUCUAUGGAUGUGUUCGCUGAGCACGGAGUCGCGGGCAUCCUCGGCCUCAUGGCCAACGGUUUUCUUGGCUCAGAUGCGGUUGUUGGUCUCGACGGUGUCAACACUGGGCUCGGCUAUGGUGGUGGUCUCAUUGGCAACUGGAAGCAGCUCUACAUUCAGCUUGCCUACAUCGUCGCCGCUACCGCCUAUGCCUUCGUUAUGAGCGCCAUUAUCGCCUAUGGUAUCAACUUCAUCCCUGGCCUGCACCUGCGUGCGUCUGAAGAGGCGGAAUUGCUCGGCAUGGAUGACGAUCAGCUUGGCGAAUUUGCCUAUGACUACGUCGAGGUGCGGAGAGAUUAUCUUGCCUGGACCCCGUCCCGCACCGAGCAGUUCCAGGGCGAGCACGGUAUCCCACAGAAGGAGAGACAUGGCAUCGGCGAGCACAGCACGAUGAUUGAAGGCAAGUCGAGCGGCAGUGAUUCAGCCGGUGAGGAGCACACCGGUAUCGGAGGCGACCGACACGCCAUGGCUCUCGAGGAGAAAAAACACGCCGAAAAGGCAGCAUGA